UUGCUCGGUCUCUCGUCCGCACAAGCAGCAGACGAUCACCGGAGCUGGAAAGAUGGCGGCUGGUUCAGGGGCUGCAAGUGGCCACGGAGCCCGCAGCUCCAAUGCGGCUCUUGAAGCGUCUUUGGACCGGAGGUUUCAAGGAGUAUCCAACACUAUGGAGUCAAUACAGGGACUAUCAACCUGGUGCAUUGAAAACAAAAAGCACCACGGCCUCAUUGUUCGCCACUGGAUGAAGUGGCUCAAGAAAUCUGACAACAAUCACCGUUUGAAUCUCUUCUACCUUGCAAAUGAUGUGAUCCAGAACUGCAAAAGAAAGAAUGCCGUUGUGUUUCGUUCGGCCUUCGCAGAAGCCCUUCCCAACGCCGCUCAGCUCAUUAAGGAUGUGAAGGUCCGUAAGUCAGUGGAAAGGAUCUUUGUGAUUUGGGAGGAGAGGAGCGUGUACCCUGAGGAGGUCAUUGCUCAGUUCAGAACAUGCUUGAACAAAAAGGAUAAAGAGCGAGAGAGGCAGAAGGAAAAGGAAAGGGAGAGGGAGAGAGAGAAAGAAAAAGAGAAAAUAAAGGAGAAGGAAAAAGAAAAGGAGACUCCUCCUGCGACGGCCCUGGUCAACAAAGCUGCCCUCAAGUCCAAGAUUGUAGAAGAGUUCACACCCAACGCCCUCAUUGAGCAGUUGUCCACAUAUAAGCGGGUGGUUGCAGAAGAGGAGUUCAGGGAGAAGCAGCUGUCUGCUCUUAGGGUGGACGUCUGCAGCACAGAGGCUCUGAAGAGACUUAAAGACAAAGCAGGAGGGAACAAGUUUGCAAAGGACUUUGAGGAUGGAAGUUUGAAGUUGCAGGAGUUUGUCAGCUUCCUUGACAAAGAGAUGAAAACAGGGCCUCCCCUGCUGGAAGCUUUGGGAAAUGCAGACAUUUUCUACGAGAUGCAGUAUAAGGAGGUUAAGAUUGUGGCCAAUGCGUACAAUGCAUUCGCCAACCGUGUGGCCAGUCUUAAAAGGAAAUUGGAUUCCCUCAAGUCGACUCUACCUGGACCUGAGGACUCUCCCAUCCCCUCCCCCUCCGAAGACGCCCCAUCUCCCACUGGCUCUGAUUCCCCAUUCCUCGGACUGGGGCCUAGCAGAGCACAGGUGGAUCCAGAGCUGGAUGGCAAGGCCAUGGAUGAUGGAGAACUACCAAGUGACAACAGAGACAUGGAGGACAUGGACAUGUCUGAUGAAGAGGCUGAUGCUGUCACAGCAGGGGCAGGUGAGAAGAACGACAAGGGGAAUGCUGCUGUUGCCAAGGCUACAAAGUCAGACGCAGCAUUAAAAUCUCCGACCACACCGACUAAAGCUUCGAAGGCCAACAAUAUUGCUGCUGCCACGGCAACUCCAGUGACUCCUACCUCUGCUCCAGCAACCCCUCUGGGAGUCAAUCUGGAGAAGGUGGAUCUUGGAAAGAUCAGCUCCAUUCUUAGCUCGCUCACUUCUGCCAUGAAAAAUACAGCAGCCAGCCCUGCUCGGCCGUCUCCUGCAACACCCACCACUCCCUCUGGCCAGUCAGUGACGCCCUCCAGCCCUGCACUGGCCAGCAUUCUGUCACGAGUGGACAUCACACCUGAAGGCAUUCUCAAUGCUCUGUCCAAAACAAACACGCCUGGUUUAUCCUCCCUUCUGCAAAGUGUGACAAACACUGCCUCGGCUCCUCCCACCCGAACCUCCCCAGAAUCAUCAGCAGUAAAAACUCUGCUCAGCCCAACCACCCCCAAACUUAAACCCAGCCCAGGGAACAGCUUCAAACGAGACACACCAGGCAGAACCAGAGAUUGGGGGAAAGAUAGACAGCUGUCCCCUCCUCCUCCACCCCCUCCUCGCCCCUCUGUCCCCUCUGUCUCUCCCCCCAGUCUAGAAUCAAAAAUCAAUAGUUUCUUGCAGGGUAAUCCAGGCUUUAGUCUCGCGCUGGGUGAUGUCAGUCCUGAUGGGGUUGAUGGAACCCCGGUGAGAGACGAGGCUGCCUGUACCCCCACCCAGGAUGAGAUCAUGGACACGCCUGGGAGUGUGUCAGAAUCUCUAGGGUCAUCUGGAGGUCAUACCCUCUCACCGACGGCGUACCGUGGCGAACCCUGGGACGCUGUGAUCACCCCUUCAGGAAGCAACAGCAACGGGGACUUUGUUAGCUCCUCCUCCUCAUCUCGGUACGGAGCCGGGAAGAAGAGCGGAUCAAAAUUAGAUGAAGUGAAAAAGCCGGUCUCCUCUUCUCCUAGUUAUGACAUAAAGGGUAAAAAAGAUGGACAGCACAGCCAGCUAAGGAUCAUGGGAAACAACAGAGGGAUUGGAGAAAGGAGGCUCUCUGCAGGCUCUCGUAAAACGAGCACCGGCUCAGACGACAGUGGUCUGAGUGGAAAGCGAGAGGACAAAGGAAAAGGCCUAGGCUCUCCUGGCCCUGGUGAGAAGGAAGGCCAGUAUCAUCGUAUCGAGACACUAGUCUCACCCUGCACUGAAGGGGCACCUAUCCAGACUCUAGGCUACUCCAACCGCCCACUCGCUGGAGAGCGCAUCAAGACAGUUGAGAGCAUCCGCAUGUUUGGCAGAGGGUCUCGGAGAGGGGGAGGAGCCGUCAGUCGGCCAGGGGGAGCAAUGUGGUACGAGGAGGAGGAAUACAUGGAAGCUCAGCCUCCCUCACCCCACGCUGCCCCCCCGCCUCUCAAUAUUGUCCAGGGUGGCGCCGAGGACAUGACCCCCAACAUGCCGCUUCCUCCACCACAUCUCCUUCUUGCACAUCUCCACCCUCCUCCGUCCCAUCCUCAUUCUCAUCCUCCUCCACCUGCUCAGUUCCAAAUGCCCUUCCAUGCAGAUAACAUGCAGAAUCCUCCUCCAUCCCUCCUCCACCAGCAUCCUCCUCCCGCAUCCCCUUUCUUCAACGCUCCUCCACCUAUUCCCCGACCCCCUCCGCCUCCCAUGCUGCAGCGCAUAUCCCCUCCACCUAUCCAUCCCGCUGUUCCCUCUGUUGUCAUGGUUGGGGGAGUGUUGGUCCCUGUCGAUCGCUCCCUAACUCUUCCUCUCCCUGUCAGACCUGAAGGUGCAGAGCGAGGCGGGCUGGGGCCCAGAGGAGGCAAAUUAGGCCCUCAGCCCCUCAUGUCAUCACUGCUGGGUGAGCCGCCUAAGCUGCUCCGCCCUGGCACAGUUAAAGAGCCUUAUGCCAACCGACAUGCCCCCCCUCCCCUCCGACUAGGUAACCCUGGUGUUCCUCUCCCAUUACUGGGCAGAGUGAAGGAGCCUUUAAAUCUACCUCUUCCUCCACCUUCCCCCUCCCCCACAUCCUCCACAACCUCUCCCUCCACGCCAAACUCCCCUGCGGUCGAUACAGCCCCUUCUCUCCACAAGCCCCCUGCUAGUCCUCCAGCUAUGUCCCGCAAUCAAACCCCUAACCCCGUUCCCCUCCUCAACCUUCCCACUACCCGACCCCCAAUGCUUUCAGUCCCCAUCCCACAGAGACCUCUGCUGCGAGGCCGAAACCCCCCUCAGCAUCGUUACCAAGAUCACCCCAUAGGGGGGUUUCGCAGGGGCAAGCGGGCCGGUCCUCCCUUUACAGGUGGUCCCUUCCAUGCACAGAAGAGACCUUUUCUACCCCCACGCUACUGAAGCGGUCGUCUAUGACAGGCUGAACGAGAAGUUCAAACAACAGCGCUGAAGUGCAGAAUGUGUGUUAGCCCUGCUGGUAUGAACCCAGAUAUCUUUACUCUGUCAAAUAGCUUGAAUUAAAACUACCUUAGGCUGUGUGUAAAUAGCUUAUUAAAACGUCAUGCUACAGCUAGCCAGCCAGCCAGUCAUCCUACACUGUACAGUACAGCUGUGAGGUUAUCAGUUACAUAGUACAGUGUUAUGUAACAAACCUCAGUCUAUCUCUUUUUUUUUUUUCCUUCUCUGCAUACACAGUAGAUUAGUGUCAUCAGGUCUCAAUAAAGUUACAUCAUCAGAAGACAGUAACAGCAGAAAUGAAACAAUAUUUUAUUAAGAGUUUGCCGACUUUUAAUGAGUGAUUGUUGGGAUUCCUAACUUUAAAGAGAGGCAUAGAAAAUAAAAGGAGCAGUUUGAUAUUUUAGGAAAUGAUUUUGUUUAGUUUCUUAAUGCGAGUAACAGAAGAUCAAUAGAACCCUGAUAUCUUUACCCUAAAUAUCCAACACAAACCAGAGCUGAAUAGCUUCACUUAACAUAAAGACUGUAAAUAGAAAAACAAGUCUGCAAAAGGUUAAAAUACAAACCUUACACUUCUCAACAUCAUUAAUUAAUAAUAUAAUUUUCACAGCUUUAUUUCAUACAAAAGUGAAAGUAUUGAAAUAACACAAGAAGUUUUAGAAGGCUGCAAUGACUUAUUGAGUCUAAGCUGUUGGCUGGAUAUCAUCACAGCAGCAACGUGAUCCUGGAUCACCGCUUGCAGCUUCAGGUUUCUUUUGUUACAUGUUUAGAGAUCCAGGCUAGAUGUCUGCCCUAUUUCCAGUGUUUAUGCUAAGCUAAUCCCCAAAAUCAAAUUUUAAAGACCUAUAAAGCCAAUAAUGGUAUUUCCCAAAACAUCAAACUAUACCUGUAAAAACAAAAAAAUAAUGUUAUCGUAAAGUAGGUUCCAAAAUAAGCUCUUCUUCCAUGAGUGUCUGGGUGUGUGCCGUGUGUCCUACAAUUGUAUUUCACAUUUUCAAGUGACGAGAUUUGUGUUGCAGCUUAGGUUAACACUUGUUUUUAUUUCCAGAAUACCUGCUGUAAAUAGUGUUCUUCUCUUGCUCAACCUUUCCACCUUCUAUCUCUUCCACAGUAUAUCUCUUUAGCUUGUAAAUAUAAAAAACUGAGAUGAUGCAGCGUUUUCUCUUCAAGCUCUUGUGUCUGUUAAUGAGGACUUUGAUCCGCACUCACGCACCCCAUAUUUACUGUGAUCGAGGCCUUGGAUAAGCUUUAGCCCCAGGAGCAUUUCUCUGCAGUUUCUGUCGCGCCUGCAGAAGAAGCGGGAGAAGAUAAUUGUAUAUUUUUAUUUUCAACAUAAAUGUUUUCCUGUGCGCACUUCAAGUUAGACUGAGUCAUGAAGAUACUCAGUAGUGGGUGGCGGGUGGGGGGGGAAUAUUCAAGCUUGACCUACGCUCACACUAGGCUUCAAAGUGUACUGACUUGAAUAAAAUCCAGAGUUUCAAUUCAACUGGGGGGGAGGUAUUUUAUUUGGUCAUUAUUUAUGACUUGGAUUGCGCUGUUGUAAUUUAUUUGCGCUGUUCAGUUUUUUUAUUUCUGCCUUUUUUUUCAUAGAAAUAGUUUUCGUAUAGUAACACAGCUGCUGCCAUUCAUAUUGCAUUAACAUUAAAAUACUUUUAUAUGUAUAGCUGUACUUUUGUGCCAGAUUUAAUUGGCCAUUUUCACUUUGCAGCUCUCAUAUAUGGUAUCAAAGGGGCAAAAACAUUGGCGCUAAUAAGAACUGUUUUGAUAGUGGUUCAUUUAGAUAAUAUUGCUAUUUUGGCCCCUUCCUUUCUUUUGUUUCUUUGCUAUUUUCAUCCUUUUGCCCUCAAGCCCCUGUGCUCACCUUCUGCUCACAUGGAGAGUGGUUUGUCUCUGACCUAAAAGUACAGCUCAUCAAGAUUCACUGAACACCUGCAAAUGUAUCUCCAUGACGUUUGUGCACACAUGCAUUGUAAAAAUAUAACGAGGAGCAUGUUUGUUACUACGGUCUUAGCACAUCAUCAGAGUCCUGAUGUUAUACUGAAUAUCAUACAAUUCUGCCACCAGCCUCUGUAAACUGUACAUUAAUUAUGUGCAAAACAGCUAAGCACCAUCUCUAAUCUCUACAGAGUGAAAGCUAUAUUCAUUUUUUAAGCACAGGUUCCUCCUGCUCACCAAGUAAUUAUCAAGUUCACCAUUUUAAUUGUUCAUGUACAUAACUUUUUUUUAGUUUUUCUUGACAUUUCUAAUCGUCUGUGUACAUUUGAUAGGUUGAAUUGCUCUACUGCUUUUCUCUUCAGUGAUGCUUUAUCACUGGUGUUUGAGUGUCCAAUCCUUUUUCUGGGUUGACGAACAUGCACACACUCUUAAAAUCACGUUCAAUAUGCAUACACAAAGAGGCAAGAUACAUCCAGUCUUUUCUUUUUGUUUAAAGCAAAAACUAAAACGGACAAAUCAAAAGGAUGUAAUUUAUGGACAUGAGUCUCUUUACCUGACAUAUUAGGUAUGGUUAUCAUUUUAUUAUUGCACCAAUGACUCUAAGCAGCUGGUGUGCUGUUGUUAUUUAACAAGGGGAUUUGCUCGUUUCUAUCACUUUUCACUUCUAGCAGAGACCCUCAACUUAUCCCUUUCUCGACCUCUUCUUUUACAUUAACGCUUCUUAACAUUUUGUACACGACAGUGUGCAUUUUAAAUAAUGUACAGACCACAUUUGAAGCACCCACUUAACACAUUGUGACACAGACUGACCCAGUUCCAGUGGACCAGCUAUGACCUCACACAUGCUAACCAAUGGCUGUACAGUUAAUUGCCAUUUGCUUACAAAGCUGUGUAUUUCCGUUAGUACAUUGUAAAGAUGACCUUAAUGCUUUAAUGUUGUGCCACCAUCUUUACUGCUCCACUGAACAUUUAAAGGGGAAUGUUUAACUGUGGCCUUUGCCAUUAUUCUAUUUUUUUUUAAAUCUUCUUUAGUAUGCUCACAUUUGGAAGAAGUGCAAAAUGUUAAAGGUUGUUCAAAGUAAAGUUAAGCUUUUUUCUUUGCAGACAUGCACUGUGAACAUUGUUAAGUGAGAAGGCAAUUACUUUAGCUGGUCCCAUAUUCUUCAUUACAUGCAGGGUUUCUAAUUCAUUGAGUCACAAAACUGAAAAUGCCAGUUUCGCCUAUCCAGUGACGUCACUUGUCGAUAAGGAAACGAAAACGUAUUAAAAAAAAAUGGACUUGGCAACUCACUUUUAUGAUGAGAUGCUUUAACUCCCUUUCAAGAUUAAUUUGUUUUCUGUAUGUAGAUGGACGAUAUUCUUUCCAAAGUUGCUGUAUCUCCCCCAAGUGGCCAUUUGGCUGAACUUCACCUCUUUAGGUCUGAGACGCACAAGUCUCCAUCACUCAUGUUUCCACAUACCGACCUGCUGUUGGCGUAUUCUUAUGAGACAGAUUACAACCUAAACAUUUAAGUUCCCCCUCGUAACAUUAAAUACCAUACUUUAAAACAUG